ACUUAAACUUUGUGCCUUUCUAUAGUGAGUAGUGACCUGAAAAAUAUCAAACACCUUUCCCUAUUAGCCACCUUUACUAUUCUCCUCCCACUCUAUUCUCUUCUAGAAAAUGAAGAUUUUCUUUCCCAUGAUGAUGUUAAUCUCCAUGUUCACCAACAAAGAUAACACCACCCUUAUUCACAACACAUGUAAGAACACUCCAAAUUACCAACUCUGUAUCUCCACUCUCCAAUCCGAUCCACGUAGCUCCGACGCCGAUAUCACCGUUCUUGGUCUUGUUAUGGUCGAUGCCGUGAAGAAAAAGACAGUCGAGAUUAUGGAAAGUAUAAAAGAAUUGGAAAAAACUAACCCUAAAUGGAAAAUCCCUCUUAAUGAAUGUUCAUUGUUUUACUAUGCAGUUAUCAAAGCUGAUGUGCCUGAAGCUGUUGACGGCCUGAAGAAAGGGGUACCUAAGUUUGCUGAGAUGGGGAUGGAUGAUACUGCAGUAGAGGCUGAAAUUUGUGAGUAUAGUUUUAAGGAGAAUGGAUUGAAUUCGCCACUUUCUAAAAAGAAUAGAGAUUUAAUGGACCUCUCUAACGUGGCCAAAUCCAUCAUCAGAAUGCUUUUAUGAGAAAAACGAAUUUUAGAGAGAUGCAUGUAUAUGUAUAUGUUAGAUCAUGCACUUAAGUAGUUGUUUCACUAUUACUGCAGUAUUGUUGUUAUUC